AUGGCUCUACGGUAUCUGCUCCAGACGCAAAAGGCUACUGUACUUUGGGCACGUCGGUGGGUACUGCAAGAGCUGGCGUUGCGAACGCUGACCACAUUAUUGGUUCGAGCCGUGCCAGAUGCUGCCUGUGCAGCAAUGAAGAAUCACAAGGAUCUCGGUUUGCACACGGAGAUGUUCUCCGACGGUGUUCUGCAGCUUAUCACCUCCAACGCCAUGACCAAUAAGAACAAGCUCGUGCGUCCGGGUAAGCUGGUGACUUCGUUCGUCUUUGGCAGUAGGAAGCUGUAUGACUACGUGAACAACAACCCACUGGUUGAGUUCUGCGACGUCCAAUGGGUCAACGAUCCAGCUGUCAUCCGGCAAAACCCCAAAGUGGUCGCGAUCAACGCAGCCGUCGAAAUUGAUCUCACUGGGCAAGUGGUUGCCGAUUCGAUCGGUAAGCAAUUCCUGUCCGGUUUCGGUGGUCAAGUAGACUUUAUUCGUGGAGCCGCCAUCAGUGACGACGGCAAAGGCAAACCUAUCAUCGCCCUUCCGUCAAUGUCGAAAAAGGGCCAAAGCAAAAUUGUGCCCUACAUACAAGAGGGAGCUGGCGUUGUAACCUCCCGAUCUCAUGUUCACUACGUUGUCACGGAGUACGGUAUCGCUCAGCUGUGGGGUAAGAACAUGCGGCAAAGAGCGUACGAACUCAUCAGAAUCGCUCAUCCAUCACAGCGUCAAGCGCUGGAAAAGGCAGCUUUUGAAAGGUUGAAGGUGAUGCCGUCCGCGGACUAG